AUGAAUGAAAAAUUAGAUUCAACAAACAUCAAUCAACAUGAUGAGAAUAAAGGUGAAGUCUUAUCAACUUAUAUAUCACCUAUUCUUUCAAAUGGUAAAAUAAAUAGAGAAGAUGCUGAUGAAGCAAUGAAAUUAGCUUUAGAUUUAGAAGGUCAAAAUAUUGAACUUGAUGAAGAUACUUCAAAAAAAUUAUUAAGAAAAAUUGAUUUUUGUUUAUUACCAUUAAUUGGAUUUUUAUAUGCAUGUCAAUUUAUGGAUAAAACAACAACUUCAUAUGCUGCUGUUAUGGGUUUAAAAACUGAUUUAAAUAUGAUUGGUGAUCAAUAUUCUUGGACUGGUACUGCAUUUUAUAUUGGUUAUUUAGCUUUUGAAUUUCCUGCAAAUGCUUUAUUACAAAGAUUCCCAUUAGCUAAAACAACUUCAACAUUUAUUUUCAUUUGGGGUGUUAUUUUAUGUUUACAUGCUGUACCAAAAUAUCCUGGAUUUGUAACAUUAAGAACUUUAUUAGGUAUUUUUGAAAGUUCAAUCUCACCAGCUAUGGUUAUUUUAACAAGUCAAUGGUAUAAAAAAGAAGAACAAUUCAUUAGAACUGCAUGUUGGUUUGCUUCAAAUGGUCUGGGGAUAAUUAUGGGUGGUGCUAUUGCAUAUGGUUGUGCUCAACAUGCAGAAACUUAUUCAUUUGAAGCUUGGAAAGUUUUAUUUAUUGUUACUGGAUUAAUGACUAUUGCUUUAUCUAUUGCUUUUUUUUUACAUAUUCCAGAUACACCAUCAAAAGCUUGGUGGUUAACACCAACUGAAAAAAUCUUAGUUGUUGAAAGAAUUAGAGAUAAUCAACAAGGUUUUGGUAAUAAACAUUUCAAAAAAUAUCAAUUUAAAGAAACUUUAAUUGAUCCAUUAACUUGGUUAUAUUUUAUUUUUGCAAUUGUUAGUAAUAUUCCAAAUGGUUCAUUAACAAAUUUUGGUAGUAUUUUAUUAUCUGAAGAUUUUAAAUAUAAUAAAAAAGAAAGUUUAUUAAUGAAUAUGCCAUGUGGUGUUGUGGAAUUUAUUGGUUGUAUUGGAUUUUGUUUAUUAAAUUAUAAAUUCCCAAGAAUGUUAAUUUCAUUUGCUGCAAUGGUUGUUGCAUUAUUUUCUUCAUGUUUAUUAGCAUUUGUUGAAAAUAAUAAUAAUGCAAGAUUAGCUGGUUAUUAUUUACAAUAUGUUUAUCCAACUACAACAAUUUGUGCUUUAUCAUGUUUUGCAUCAAAUACUGCAGGUCAUACUAAAAAAAUUUCAACAACUGCAAUUUUUUUCAUUGGUUAUUGUAUUGGUAAUUUAAUUGGUCCACAAACUUUUACAGAAGCUCCAUAUACAGGUGGUAAAAUUGCAAUUGUUGUAUGUAAUACUGCAACUUUAAUUAUAAUUUUAGCUAUUUAUUUUGUUUAUAUUUAUUCAAAUAAAAAGAAAGAAUCCAAAUUGAAUCAAUUAACUCAAGAUCAAUUAGAUGCUUUAGAAAAUUCAGAAUUUGCAGAUUUAACAGAUAGAGAAAAUCCAAAAUUUAGAUAUAGUGUUUGA